AUGGCUCCCAACCCCAACCCUCCUGUCAUUCUCCAACCACCACCCUCUGCCCCAGACACGUCGACACGUGCAACAUCUCCAAACCCGCCAUCCACGACCCGCACAGGCAUCGUCGUCUUCUCCGGCGGAAGCGCCGCCAAUAGUCUCGUCGACGUGUUUGAGCGCGUCCGCGAAGCCAACAAGACCUCGCUGAGCUACGUGAUUCCCAUUUCAGACAAUGGCGGCAGCACAAGUGAGAUUAUCCGUGUCUUUGGCGGACCAGGCAUCGGCGAUGUGCGCUCACGACUCGUGAGGCUGAUCCCGGACAAUGACGUCCCCGAAACAGUUGCCAUCAAGCACCUGUUCAACCAUCGUCUUCCCAAGACGUACGAGGCCGCGCGCGCCGAGUGGUUCGAGUUUCUCGACGCCACCCAUGCUCUCUGGACCGACGUGUCGUCGCCCAAGAGAGAGCUGAUUCGCGCAUACCUCAACACCUUCAACCUGGAAGUCAUCAAGCGCAUGCGGCCCAGCAGCCGCUUCGACUUCUCCAAGGCCAGCAUCGGAAACCUGUUUCUGACGGGCGCGCGCCUCUUCACCGGGAGCUUCGAGGCCGCCAUCUACCUGCUGAGCUCGAUAUGCGCCGUCCCCGACAGGAUUUCCGUCCUGCCCGCCCUCAACACCAACUUUGCCCAUCACAUUGCCGCCGGCCUGCAGGACGGGACCGUCAUCACGGGCCAGAACGACAUCUCGCACCCCAGCUAUCCGACCGCCGCGGUGCCCGGCGCGGGUGCCUCGAGCACGGGUAUGCAGACGCCUGCCCUGUCCGUGGGCCACGACACGGAGGAACACGACAAGAUUGAAGACGCCAAUCUUCCCGGGUCGUUGCCGGCCCUGCGCCGGCCGGCCAUUGUCUUCUCCAAGGCCGAGGACGAGGACUUGGCCUCGCGCAUCGACAGGAUAUGGUACAUCAACCCCUACGGCCAGGAGAUUCGCAUCCCCGCCAACCCCCGUGUCCUGGAUGCCAUCAACACCGCGGGCACAGUCGUCUACUGCAUCGGCUCGCUCUUCACGUCGCUGGUCCCCAACUUGGUGCUCAAGGGCGUGGGCGAGGCCAUCGCCAACCCCGCCAUCAAGAACAAGAUUCUCAUUCUAAACGGCACGGCAGACCGCGAAACAGGCCCGUCAGACAAUCCCCUGACCGCGUUGGACUUUGUCGCCGCCGUUGCAAAUGCCUGUGCCGAUUCAAGGGGGUGGCAGAAGCCAUCCGAGGAGGAAUACAAUCUCUACGUCACCCACCUCGUCCACCUCGAGAGCCCGGCGUCACCAAGAGUAGACAAGCACAAGUUUGGGCAGCUGGGCAUUGACACGGUGCGACUCUACGGACCCAAGGACGAGUCUGGCCGCGGGGGCCGAUAUGAUGCGACGGCGUUGGGCCAGACGCUGGAGACGGUGGUCGGGAGGAAAGACAUUCGCGUGGAUCGAAGCCGUCGAAACACCCUCGUCGGCUAG